AUGACGGGCAAAGCGGGCGCGGCGCUGGCCCCCAGCCUGCCCGGCAAGCCCAAGCCCGACGGCGCGGCCGCAGCCCCCGCCGCCCCGCCGCUGCCUCCGCCGCCCCCCGCGGCUGGGGUCAAGUCCAACUCCGGGCCCACCCCUCCCCGCUGCACCGGCUUCGGCAUCCAGGAGAUCCUGGGCUUGAACAAGGAGCCGCCGUCGCACCCUCGGGCCGCCCUGGACUCUCUGCCCGCCGGGCACCUGCUGGCGGCCCGCUCCGUGCUCAGUCCCGCCGGGGUGGGCGGCGUGGGCAUGGGGCUGCUGGGCGCCAGCGGCAUCCCCGGCUUUUACACCCAGCCCACCUUCCUAGAGGUGCUCUCCGACCCCCAGAGCGUCCACCUGCAGCCGCUGGCCCGGGCCCCCGGGCAGCUGGACAGCAGCCAGACGGCCAGCUCAGAUUCCGAGGAUGUCUCCUCCAGCGACCGAAAAAUGUCCAAAUCCUCCCUAAAUCAGAGCAAGAAACGAAAGAAGAGGCGGCACAGGACAAUCUUCACAUCCUAUCAACUGGAGGAGCUGGAGAAGGCCUUCAAUGAGGCCCACUAUCCUGACGUGUAUGCUAGAGAGAUGCUGGCCAUGAAAACAGAGUUGCCAGAAGACAGGAUACAGGUUUGGUUCCAGAACCGCCGGGCCAAAUGGCGGAAGAGGGAGAAGUGCUGGGGCAGGAGCAGUGUGAUGGCUGAGUACGGGCUCUACGGUGCCAUGGUGCGUCACUCCAUCCCGCUGCCUGAGUCCAUCCUCAAGUCUGCCAAGGAUGGCAUCAUGGAGUCCUGUGCCCCUUGGCUCCUGGGGAUGCACAAAAAGUCUCUGGAGGCAGCGGCUGAGGCGGGGAGGAAGACAGAGGUGGAGCGCCAGGCCCUGCCCAAGCUUGACAAAGGUGACAAGGAAGAAAGGGGUCCUGAUCCCAAAACCACCAUUUCCCAGGAGGAACUGAGAGAAAACAGCAUUGCUGCCCUCAGGGCCAAAGCUCAGGAGCACAGCACCAAAGUCCUGGGGACCAUUGCCGGGGACAGCCCAGUCCCAGGCAGGAAGCCGGAGACAGGGGAGGAGGCGGCUGUGGCAGAGGACGAGAGACAGACGGAGAAGCUGAACUCAUCGCAGAAGGAGGAGAAGCUGAUCUAGGGGCAACAGAGGUGGCAGCAGCCAGCCCCAACAGACACUGUGUCCUCUGGGGGCCAUGUUCCCCCUUGGACUGCCAGGUGUCCCUGGCCACCCCUGCCAGGGAGAGGGGCCCUGCUCUCUGUGUUUGGGGCUGCCUGGCAGGGGUGCCCACCGCCUGCUCCCCUUGAGCACACCCCUGCCCCUCGCUCCUCCACCCCACCAGGCCUUCCUCACCCCCCACCCCUUCCUUUUGGGGAACUGGGAAGUGUCACAUCAUUGCUGCCAGCAAUGACACUAAGGCUCUGGUCCCUUCAGCCUCACACCUGGCUCUGGGGCCUUCUCCUUCUGCUGCAGCCCCAAACCCCACUGGCCAUCCUGAAGCAAGCCUAUUCCCUGCUGCCACACCUCUCCUUGGUGCACAGCUCUGCCCAGUGCUGCCCAGCCCCCUCCUCUUGUGCCCUGUCCCACUGUGCCCCAGGCAGACACGUCACCUUCUGCUGGCCAUCGCCUCUGCCUGUGGCCCAGGCUGCAGCAGGACAGGCCCAUGGCAGAGCUUGCAUGAAACGAUGACCAUCCAUCUAGGGUGGCUUGCAUCUUCCACCCAUCUCUCCCUGCUCAGCACUAAAGUCUGCAGGGAAGGGACUGCAGUUAAAGAGCAGUUAUGCUUUGCCUCUCUUUGGCAGGGAGAGGCAGGUUUAGCCCACAGGCACAACACCCUGGUCCCACCUGGCACCCUGAGCUAAUCCCAGCCCAUUUCACUGGGUCCUGCAGGGCUGGGUCUGACUCUGCACCAAACACCAAAACCCUACACCCCUGCAGAGGGGAUGAAUGGUGAAUUUAUUUAUUGAAUACCUUAUUCCAGGUGAAACAACAUCCACCUAAUGUAUUUAUUGAAUUAAAUUUGUCCAGCGCACCCUCUGAGUGUUAAAGGGAAUGACAGCCAUGCACAUCCAUCCUGACACACCCUGUAACGUGUACAUACAUCCCACAGGAGCACAUGCAGACCCACACAGCCAAACUCACUCCAUAGUACCAUCACCUUCCCAUCCCAGUGAAGCACUAUUCCCCCUCCGAAAGCUGUAGGACAGUGACUUCCAGGUGACCCUUUCUGUCCCGCUUUCAGCUGUGAGCACCCUUUCCCCAGAGCUACUGUUUCUCUUCCAUCAGAGGUUAAGCCCAGACAUCCAACCUGUUUGUCUUUGUCCCCUGAUCGUUUGACGUGUUAGAUGAUAGCCCAUGGAGUGUAAAUAAUGUAUAUACAGUGAGAAAAUAAUUCAGUAUCGAGGUGUUUGAGAUAUGAAGCUGUAACAACUUCUAGUCAUCCAGCAUCUGUGAUUUAUGUGCCAUUUUCUGUAAAGAUAUGAAGAAGAAUAAAAC